AUGGCCCUCAGCAUGACCGAAGAACAGCUCCAGCGCAUCAUCGCAGCUCUAGCACCGGCAAGCAGACAAGGUUCAUUCGCACGAUGCAACGCAGUAUACGACGGAACCGGCGACAACGAGGCUGUAAAGACGUUUCUCUCAGCCAUCAAGGUGUACAAGAAAAUCGAGAACAUUGACGACGAGAACGCUCUCGAAGGGCUUACCCUCCUAUUAAAAGGAGACGCCGCUGUCUGGUGGGAAGGCGCUAAGUCAGACGUCAAAUCCUGGACGGAUUUUGAAGAUCGGCUUCGGCACGCGUUCGCACCGAAGAUACCAGCGGACAUCCUGUAUCAGAAGAUAAUAGAACUGAAGCAGGAUGCGACGACCCCUACGGAGAAAUUCGUCGCAAAGAAGAGGGCGCUCAUAGCCCAACUACCGGCACCAAUCCCGUCGGAGACCCAUCAGUUACAUAUGAUUUAUGGUCAGCUCCACUUAAGCAUACGGGAAAUGGUGCCGAGAAGCGCGUUCAAGACAGUGGAUGAACUCCUGAAACUUGCCCGUAGCGCUGAGGAAAUCUUACAAGAGAAGAGGCCUAACUGGGAACCGAAGGUUCCCCGCUACCCGAAAUCAAGAACAGGGACAUCUCUAGACGCCGACAAUGCACGUUCUGCCGCAGAUAUGGACACAUGA